AAUUCGGUUAAAGGUAAAUCAAAUGGGCCCAGCCUUCUUAUCACUCGGUUCAGUUAUUGGGCUGGACCUUCUUUACCUGUGCAUGCAAAGAACAAUCCACCAGCAAAUUACCACAAAAGGUACGUUUCCGCCUGCAAAGUGUUCGACAAUUUGUCUCUAAGAACUUUCGGGGCGCACCGUAAAAGCCGCCAAAUGAGAGGAAGCAUAGGAAGAAAACUCUCUUUGCCGAACCCCAUUAACUUUUCCAAUGCCACCAGACAAUCUCUAAUCCCCUUCUCCACUUCCUCCUCCUCUCCCGGCGGCGGUGGCGGUGGCGGUCGUGGCCGUGGACGCGGCUCUGCUUCCACGCAGUUCGACUUCAUCGCCCCAGGUAAGCCCGGGCCCGAUCAGUCCGAGUCGAAGCCGGACCCGACCCCUCCCGGACUUGGACACGGGCACGGCCGCGGCAGACCCGUCCCUUCUUCCCCGACUCUGCCCCCCAACUUCUCUCCCUUCAUUUCGUCCAUCAAACCUGCACCCGCUGGCCGCGGCCAUUCAGUCCCACUGCCGCCAGACUCCGCGCCCAAGCAACCCAUUUUCUUCAAGAAAGAAGACGGGCCUACACACGUUUCGGACAUGGCUGAGAGCUUCCCUGACCAUAAUCUCCCUCCGAGCAUAAUCCCUGUGUUGUCCGGCAGUGGGCGCGGAAAACCCCUGAAGCAACCGAUCCCUGUGGCCCAAGCUGUUGAGGAGAACCGGCAUGUCCGGGCCUCCCCAAAAAGCCCAGCUCACGCCCAAGGUGAAAGAGUGCAGAGAAUGACCCGUGAAGAAGCAGUGAAAAACGCGGUGGAGAUUCUUUCGCGUGGUGGUGUCGGCGGCGGCCGCGGCGGCGAGGGUGAUGGCGAAGAGAGCAGUGGUGGCGGCAGAGGAGGCAGAGGGUUCAGAGGGAGAGGUGGGCCCGGGCGGGGCCGAGGAAGAGGGAUGUACAGAGGGAGGGGGAGAGGGAGGGGUAGGGAGUCGAGGGACGAUGGGUAUGGGGCAGGGCUGUAUCUGGGUGACAAUGCGGAUGGGGAGAAGCUGGCCAAGAUGCUCGGCGUUGAGACCAUGAAUCAAUUGGUUGAAGGGUUUGAGGAAAUGAGUGGGGCUGUACUGCCAUCGCCCGCGGAGGACGCGCUUUUGGACGCCAUGGACGUCAAUUAUUCGAUUGAGUGUGAGCCGGAGUAUUUGAUGGGGGAGUUUGAUCAGAACCCGGAUAUUGAUGAGAAACCGCCAAUUCCGCUACGUGAUGCACUUGAGAAGAUGAAGCCGUUCUUGAUGGCAUAUGAGGGGAUUCAGAGUCAAGAGGAGUGGGAGGAAAUUAUGGAAGAGACAAUGGAGAGAGUUCCAUUGAUGAAAGAGAUUGUCGAUUACUACAGUGGACCGGAUAGGGUAACUGCAAAGCAACAGCAACAAGAGUUAGAAAGGGUUGCAAGAAGUGUUCCUGUCAGUGCACCAGAUUCUGUAAAGCGGUUUGCUGACCGUGCAGUUCUUUCUCUUCAGAAGUCGAGAACGGGGGCUUUCGUCUUGCUGAAUGGAGCAGAGGAUUAUUUCGAUCAGUGGUCAUGGGUUUCCAGAGCGUGGUAUGGAUGCUGAACAUAAUGGAGGAGUUGAUGAAUGGACUGACGUCAAAGGAGUUUUGUAGGUCUCAUCGAGUGGGAGAUUCAGUGCUCAUCAUGCAGAAACUAUGGGCAAUUUUUGGAGAUUACAGAAUAUGGCAAGGGAGGGAGAAGUAGCUAUAUACACAUACCGGAAGGACGAGAAAGCUGUGGAUGGGGGAGAUGUAUUUCGCAGUUGAGGAGGUUGGUGAAACACUGUGCACCGGCAGGAAUGGCAGGUCAGCAAAGUAGCCAUAUUCAGGGGCAGCUGCGGCCGGUGGAGGACCGUCGGACUUUCGUGGAAGUGGUGGCAGAGCAACUCCGGGUGGGGAUUCGACAAGAAAUGCCAGUUCAUGGAUAAGCUAGUGAGGGAGGUUUCCCAUCAUUACAAAUAAGGUCUGGGAAAAUGACUUGGUAAGCAAGGAAGGUUGAGCAUAAUUUAUAUUCUUUGUUUUAAGGAUUUCUUCGGAGUGUAGCUUCUUCAGUACUCUCUCUUAAUUUAACAGUUAAUGAGAGAUUACAUCAUUCUUGUAAUAAAGAACUACGUUGAAUGCAUUAUGGCAUCUGAAUGAUGUCGUAAUAUUUUUUGAAGCAGCAUGUUCAGUUUUAGAUUCAUACUCA